AUGGCUACUGUUGCUGGUGUUUGUGGUGAAACCCUAUCAUAUGUGAGAAAUCCUCCUCAUUUUAAGGAUAAGGAUGAAACAGCGCAGACGUUCCGAAACGAGGGAAACUCGACACACUUCAGACACAGUUCCUCCGUCUACCAAGGAAUUUUCGAUUGUUUUUGGAUGGUGAUGGAUGCCAAAGAUAUUCAAUUAGAUCUUCAUGCCCUAAAAAGCCUAUACGGGCUUCUUGAAAAAGAUCGAAAUCGAACAUCGAACGCAGAUUCGCUGGAUGAGCAUGCGAGGCUUCUGCUGAAUAAUUUAUUAGACGCAGAAACGAAAAGGGUCCUCAAGUUACAUUCGGAGAUCAUUUCAGGUGAAGUCGAGUUGUCCAGGAAACAGGUUACUCCACUAUCGAAAUCGUUGAAAUCCAAUCGAAGCUUUGAUAAAGAUACAAAUACAGAUGGAUUAUUAGAUAUCACUUUGUGGGGCCCGCCAAGUUUUAGUGGGGCCCAAACUCGAAAGAAACGGUGCAGGGUUUGUUUGAGGAACACCGUAAAAGAACCCACGGAGGACGACGAGACAAUAUUUUUCGAUGUGGCCCAAAAUCUGAACAGCGACGAAGAAACAUACGAAUCGAAAGAACUCGAUUGCUUGUCCAAAGAAGCUUCCGAAGCAAUCAAGAAAAUCGAACUGUGCAUCUCGGCAUUUGAUAUAUGGGCAGAUCACUUGCACCAUUUCGAGGAGGGCAACAAUAUUUCCGCUCAGACCCGUUUUCGUGAUUUCGACACGCGCCAAAAUAAUUUUCUGUCCGAAUUUUCGAAUCAAAGGUUUGUCGAUUUGCCUAUUAUGACAUCAGCGGAAAAGACGAAUCCGCCGUAUUUGUUAUUGGGACAGCCUUUCAAGAUUGUCCAACCGACAACUAAACCAGUUUUCAGACAAUCGACGAAUAAUUAUAUCGUAGAUAACGUCGAAUCUUCUUAUCAUGGUUCGACUAUGGUGGCUCGUGGCAAAAACGAAUCGAAAAAGGCACCGCAAUACGACGAGAUUCCAACGAACAAAAGGGCAGCAAAGACUUAUAUACAGGAUCAAGAAUCGGAAUCUACAUCGUCCGACUCGUACUCAAACAGUCCGUACAGCGACAGCGAAGAAUAUUCUUCACCUGAUAAAACCCGAGAGCAGCUUCAGUAUGGGAGUACUACUUCAAGCACAAGCAGCGAAAUCGGGGCUUCGCUAACUUCACACAGUGGUGACACAAGCAACACCGAGGAGGAGGAUGAGUUUUACUCGUCCGAUAGCAGCGAUGCAGCAGCUCGUGAAGUAACUUCAAGCAGCAAAAGCGAGGGGUACUCAUCGUACCUGUCGGUGGGGCCCACGUCGAAGAAAUCGAGCCGUAAGAAACAAAUCGGAAUGUGGAGGAGCUUGAAAGACAGGCUGGCGGUUAUUUUCCACCACCACCACCACCACCACCACCAUCACCACGACGACUAUUGUGGUAAAGAUGGUCGCAAAAAGAUGAGCAGAAACAAAUCUCUACGCAAAGGGAGAGUCGAGAGUUUUAAAAGAGAGCACGAGGCGUACGGUGAAAAGGCGAGCAAAUCCGUCGUACGAGAAAAGAAGAAGAAUCAUUUUAACGGGCUCGUGGAAGGUCUGUUGAGGCACGUUCGAAACUCGAAGAAAGAGCCAACGAAGAAGAAGAAAAAACGAGGGAACGAGAAUGGUUGUCGGCAGUUAACGAAAGGAGGAGGGAAGAAGAAUUCGAAAAAGCCGUCACCCCAUUGGUUGAAAUUGAUGAAAUUGCACAGAGGAGGGAAGUUGACAAAUAAAGGUCUCGUGACGAUCGGUUUAGGUAAAAAGAAAGCCCGUUUAAAAGCUCUUCCGACAAUUAAAUGAGACUGUCAAAAAAACGGCUUCUCCGUUGGUAUAUUCGGUAAGUAAAUAUGUAUCGUUCUUUAUAUAAAUAUAUACAUAUCAACGAGCAGUGAAAUUACGGUUACGGUCGUAUUUACAGGAGGUAUAAUAUCACAUGUUGAAACAUCUUUAUUCAACCCAAUUUAUGUCGAACUCCUUGAGUUGCAUUUGCCA